AUGGAAGAGUCAUGGUCGUCGGGCGGCGCGCCGCUGCUGCGCACGCGAUCCUUGCCGCUAGUGCUCGAAGCAAGCGGUGGUGCCCCCGCGCGCCAGCCGAAACUCGACCCCAGACAACUCUUAACCCUCACACGACACUAUUACCCCGAAGGAGGCUGGGGAUGGGGCGUAGCGGCCGCAGCGACUAUUGUGCAAAUGUUGGCUCACGGAUUGCAUCAGGCCGCCGCGAUAAUUGCCGUCGAGGCAGUGAGACGAUUUGGACCCGAGUUUCGGAUGCAAGCAGGAUGCCUCGGAGCGAUUUCAGCUGGCGUUGCACUUGCUCUAUCGCCUGUCACGGUAGCGUUGUGCGUGCGCAAGUCCACGCGAGUCACCGCGGUUGUGGGCGGGCUUGUCGCCGCCCUCGGCUGCUUGUUCACGUCCUUUGCCACUCAGUUCCAUCAACUAUUCUUCAGUUACGGCACCGUUGUCGGGGUUGGGGUCGGCUUAACACGAGAUUGCUCAACGUUAAUGGUGGCCCAAUAUUUCAAGAGAAGAAGAGAACUAGUCGAGAUAUUCAUAGUAAGUGGCAGCGGUCUCGGUAUAGCUGUCAUGUCGACAUUCAUCAAAAGCGUCAUCAGAGCAAUCGGUUGGCGAUUAGGUCUGCAAGCGGUGACAGGAGUAGUUUUUGUAACUUUCAUACUCGGAACGUUUUACCGAUCCGCAUCGUUGUACCAUCCACAACGGCGUGCCAUACUACAUCUUAAGAAUCAAAACAAAAUUAAACGGAAGAUGAAAGACAGAAAUAAAACGGACGACAGGCAACCGUUUUUCGAUUUUUCGACUUUGCGGUCUAAGACUGUUAGAAUCUUACUCAUGUCCACUGGAAUAUCGGCUUUUGGCAUCAACACGCCGAUAUUUUAUCUAGCUUACCACGCUGAAGAAGAAGGACUAGGAGAGACCGCAGAACUGCUGCAAGCGUACCUGGGCCUGGCGUGGGCGGUGGGCUGCGCGGCGUUCGGCCUGCUCGUGCGCCAGAACUCCGCCGAGUGCCGCGUCGCGCGCCAGUACCUCACGCAAGCCGCCGUGCUCGUCUGCGGGCUGGCCACCAUGGCGCUCACGGCGGUGGAGGGCUCCUACACGGGAUAUGUCAUGUUCGCUUGGGUCUAUGGUAUAUUCUGCGGCGGCUACCACUACUCGCUAAAGAUGUACACAUACGAGCGCGUGCGCUCGCGUAACUUUGCACGCACGUGGGGCUUCGUUCAGUGUUCGCAAGCUGUGCCUAUCGCCAUCGGUGUGCCGCUGUCAGGGUACAUCAACGUGGGUUGUGGCGGUAAAGCGGGUUACUACUUCAGCUCUACGUGCUCGCUCAUCGGAUCCUUGUCGUUGUUCUGCAUCGAUUUACAUCGACGCAGUGUUGCGCACAAACACACCAAAGAAAAUGGCGGCACCGUCGGUUGCGACUCCGCCGCCACGUCGCGCACCCGCGACCGCGAGCCGCGCGCCGCCGCCGGCGCUGCGACCGCGCUCGUUCUAGGAGCAGAACUAGUAGCACCUGGUAGAGCUGGAAGGGAUCUAUUGCUGGAUAGUAUCGGUCCCGGCAGUCUAGGUUCUCCCCCUCCUAACCUACCUCCAGAACUAACCUGCAUCAGCGAGGAAGGGGGUUUAGACCUAGACCUAGACCUAGACAUACCCGAGCACUUGUUAGAAGAACUGGAAUGUGGGGGUGAUUGUAUUACUAGCUGCAAUAAGGUGGAGAACUAUUUGAUGUUAAGUGAAUAUGAGAAUAAUCUCAUAGCAGAGAUGCCAAAUUUAAAUGAGCGGCGUGGCAGACGAUGGUCCAUCGUUGUCGGCAACUCCAACUCCCCUCAGCCUUCAAAUCACGAUCCAAACAGUACGCCCGAACACCACAGAAACUCUAUCAAAUGGAAGAAAAAGGGCCAUAACACGAACAACAGACUGAUAACAGUGAUCAAUGAAGCAUCCUUAUAAACGACUAGUGAAAUAAAAUUGAGACAAUAAAUAGAGAAUAAUUCAUUUAGUGUACCAAUGACCUAUUUAACCUCAUAAUUUAUUUGUUGUGUGUGUAUAGUAGCCUCAUUUGUGUAACUUUCGGUAUUAUUUAUUAAAUAAUUAUCAAAAGUA